GGUGACAGACAGUUUUGGAGAAUCCUGUGGUCUCUCUCUCUCUAUAUCUAUCUAUCUCUCUCCUCCGGCUAUAUCUCGAAGGGAAUAAAAACCAUGGGCAGUGGUUUCAACCUUCACACUCCAAAACCAAAACCUCCAAACCUCAAAACCAGCUACACAUGUCUUACUAUUCCUCCAUUAAAUGCCUCUUUAUCUAUCCCUGGCAAUCCCAUUCUUGAAAACUACAAUCCAUCCAUCCAUCCAAAUACACAGCAAAACUUAUGCCAUUUUAGCUCGACCCAAAAAAAUUUCUGCAUUUUUAUCAUCUCAGCUCCUCAAAAAGAUAGCUUCUUUCUGUGUAAAAGUGGUGGGUCGUCGUCAAGAUUUGAUCUUUUUAUGGAGUCUGGUGGGAUGUAUUCAAGCAUGGGAUCUGGGAUGCUUGGGCUAGAAAUGUCACUCCACCAUCAAAACCCUAACCACAUUCAGCAACAGCAGCAGUCCAUGGUGGCGUUUGACCACCACCACCAUCACCAGAGUCAACCUGCUGCAAAACCAGGAGUUUAUGGCUAUGGCGGUAAGCCGAAAGCUCAGGGGUUAACUCUGAGUGAUGAAGAUGAGCCUGCCGGGGGGCCCACUGCCGAUCAGAGCAGUGCUGAAGAUGGGAAGAGGAAGAUGUCGCCAUGGCAGAGGAUGAAAUGGACGGAUGAUAUGGUGAAGCUGCUGAUCAUGGUGGUGUAUUAUAUUGGGGAUGAAGGCGUGCCUGACGGCGGGGCUAACGAGAAGAAGGGCGGCCAUGGCGGCGGCGUUUUGCAGAAGAAAGGGAAAUGGAAAUCGGUUUCCCGGGCGAUGAUGGAGCGAGGAUUCUCCGUUUCCCCCCAGCAAUGCGAGGAUAAAUUCAACGAUUUGAACAAGCGAUACAAAAGGGUGAAUGAUAUUCUCGGAAAAGGGACUGCCUGUCGCGUCGUGGAGAAUCAAAGCUUGCUUGAAUCCAUGGAUUUAUCGCCUAAGAUGAAGGAGGAAGUCAAGAAAUUACUAAAUUCCAAGCACUUAUUCUUCCGAGAAAUGUGCGCCUAUCACAACAGCUGCAGCCACGGCGGCGCCACCGCCGGAACCGCCGCAGACGGUUCCUCGGAGCCGCCUGCUCCUCAACAAAACUGCUUGCAUUCCAACGAGAGUGCAAGAAUCGAGUCUAAUUUAGCCGUUAAAGCCCCGGAAGAAGGCUGCGAAAGCGACCAAGAAGAAUCCGACUCUGACGAAGAAGAUGACGAUCACGGCGUGGAGGAGGAAGAAGAACAAGGAUCAAGAAAGCGACAGAAAAAAACGGGAUCAUUUUCGCCAAUGCUUCAGCAACUAAGCACAGAACUAACAAAUCUAUGCCAAGACGGCACCCGAAGCCCCCUGGAAAAGCGGCACUGGAUAAGAGCAAGAAUGAUGCAGCUUGAAGAACAGCAAAUCGGAUUCGAUUCCCAGAAACUGGAGCUCGCGAAGCAGCGGCUUAAAUGGGAGAAAUACAGCAGCAAAAAGGAGAGGGAGAUGGAGAAGGAGAAGCUCACAAAUGAACGGAAGCGAUUGGAGAAUGACAGAAUGGUCAUUCUGCUUCAGCAGAAAGAGUUAGAGCUUCUUGAUCAUCUUCAUCACCAAAGAACCACUGACCCAUCCCACUCUGUUACAGGAUAGAACCCAUGUAAAAAAAACACAUAACAUAGGAUCAUCAACUGUCUUGUUUCUGUAACAUCAUACAAUAAUUUCAUUUACAUCUCUGUUUUAC